UCAUGCAUGUUGUUACAUUUUACAGGGAAAAUAAAGGUCCUCUAUCAAACCAAGAUGGGAAUACAUCUGCUAUUCAUUACUUUCAGCUGCCUGUUCUCUGGAGCUCGCUCCUUGUCUUGCAAUCAGUGUAUGCCUGAAGGACCAGGGCCAUGCAAAGACACAAAAAUGGACUGUCCUCCUCCUAUGACUCAGUGUGGUAGUCUGAGGGUGCUCUCCUCUGCUGGUGGACAGGUAGUGUCAGAUAUGAAUCUGAAGAGUUGCGUUAUGCCUCAACAGUGUAUGACUGGCUCUUUGAACGUGGGGAUGAUGAAAACAGUAAUCAACAGCAAAUGCUGCUCAAGCAACUAUUGCAAUGCCGCGCCAGCUGAAGCUUCCACUGGCGGACCCAAUGGAAAAGAGUGUUACACAUGCAGUGGGAGUGACUGUUCAGGCAAAAUGAAAUGUGAGGGAGUGGAAGACCGCUGUAUAACAGGAAAAAUGGAUGCAGGUGGUCAGAAGAUGACCCUGAAGGGCUGUGCCUCCAAGAGCAUCUGCAGUGGGGAGAUGAAAGAGCAGCUGGGCGAAGCCAUUGGGGAUAUGACAUGUUGUGAGGGAAACCUGUGCAACGGCGACAACAAGGGCAAGUCUAGGAGUGGUGGUGGCACUGGCAGAAGUUCAGCAGAAGUUAACAGGAAUAGCAUAGCAAUCACGGUGUUGUCUGUAGCCUGCUUCCUCUUCUUACAUUAAGGUUCUUUAUGUGUGUCUUCUCCUAACAGUUCUCAGGGGUUCCUGCAUGUACACAAAUGUAAUUCAUCUUAACAUUGUGAGAGUAGGCUACGGGGAAAAUAACACAGAACAAUCAUAGACAUGGCAACCAUAAAUCAGGCUACUGAAUUUCAACUUCUGCUAUGGAAUGGAUGAUAGUAACGCAUAGACUCUAAUCUUGGAAAUUCAGUGAUCCUCUUGUCAAUUUUCACCAUUCUGUUUCUGAAUCUGUAACUGCUACAUAUAUAAUAAUAAAUAAUAAACAUGUUUUAUCUAUA